GGUUGGUAGCGCAGUUUCCGCUCGGCUAACGAGAAAGAGCAGCAGCAUCAUCUUGACUCGUGCACACGAGCCAUUUUUUUUAACUUCCUUUCUAUCUUUUUUCUGCGUUAUCGAUGGACACGUCCGUCGGUUACCACGGUACUUCGGAGACGUCGGCGGCUGGGGCGAUGGUUUCGUCCAACCAGCCGAGAAAAACAAAGAUAUUCGUGGGUCGGUUGCCAGAAAAUUGUCGCAACGAUGAGUUGCGGCAAUUGUUCUUGCGUUUCGGCGAAGUGACGGAAUGCGAUGUCAUGAAUCGAUAUGGUUUCGUCCACAUGGCACGGGAGGAGGAUGCAGCUGCUGCUAUCAAAGCUCUUCACAACUCUAAUUUUAAAGGUGCAACGAUCAAUGUGGAACAGUCAACCGGCAAGUCACGUGGAAGCGGAGGAGGACGCCGAGAUGGAGACAGAAGAGGUGGACCAAUGAGAGGUGGUAGGGGGGGACGAGACGGUGGUAGAGACGCUCGUCCUGGACCAUACAAUGAUAGAAGAGUUCUUCCGAUCCAACUCGUUGGUUACGAUGGAUCUGCUGCAGGUGGCGUCGCUACGGGGUACACUGAUUACAACCGAGGAGCUGGCGACUUUAGCGGCCGUGGGGCGGACUUCAGCACCGGCUACGCCGACCGUGGGGCAUACGGCCAGAACGUGAGUGGCGCGGCGAUGGGUUACACUUCAGCAGCACCUGGAAUGGGAGGUGGAUAUGGACCAGCGACCGGUGCCGUGGGAGGAUAUGGACCGACUGGUGCAACAGACUACGGACGUACAGCUGACUAUGGUCGUGCAGAUUUUGGCGCUAGAACAGACUAUGUAGUUGGUGGUGGCAUGGCCGGAGAUUUCAACCGGGGUGCACCCGGUCCGGUAGAUUAUGGACGUACUGAUAAUUUUGGUGCCAGUCGCACAGUUGAUUACACAGCUCGAAAUGAUUAUGACCGAAGUGCGACUGGACCAAUGAGAAACGGCGGUGGUGCAGUAGCCACUACCGGGUAUGGAACUGGGUACACUGAUGUGGGAUAUGAUGAAAGUCACUGGGGUUAUCCGGGCGCGCCAGGGGAUAUGAUGGGGGGGGUAAGUCAGGGAAUUACGAUGAUCUAUAAAAGGAAGGAUAGUCCUACUAGUAAUGAUAUACCUUCAUUUAACAGGCCAAUGAGUACUGGACCCAGCUACAGCACUGGGGCACCCAGUUACAGCACUGGUCCAGGACCACAAGCUGACAUGUUUAGUAGAAGACCUGGCAGUGCCGUCCCUAGUGGUGGCUAUCCACCGGUAGCUGGCGGUUAUGCCGAGGGAUAUGACAGACCAGAUGCAUAUGGUCCUCCACGUGGCGGUGGACGCUUCCCAGGUCCGGCAGACGCGAUGCCACCGAGGUACUAAAAAGCUUUGUACUAAAGCGAACGCUCUAGCGCAUGCGAAAGGCAACCACAAAAAAACAUACACACAAAAAGAAAAAAAAAAGACUUUAGUGCUAUCAUUCGCUUACGGAUUCGAUUACAUCUAGGAACUGCCCUCUGCGUCCGACAUAUAUAGAGUCCGUAUUAAUAAUAAUGAGAAUAUACAUAUACAUAUAUGACAUAUUGUUUAAUCGUAUUUCGUAAGAGAUAUGGUAAGAAAAUAUGAGGUAUAUCAAUGGGAAUAACAUAAAUAAUGAAUCAUGGAUUCAUACUUGUUUUGUGUUGAGAGAUAUGCCAUGGGUUUAAGAAAAAAAAACUUUAUACAUAAAUUAUAAUCAACGAUAUAAAUUCAUCGUGUCAGAUCAUCGUGUGUGUGUAUGCAGAGAAGCAAUAAUUUUUUUUCGGCGUUAUUACAGUUAAUUUUCAUGCAACUUUUUGCGUUUGUAAGACUUUGUUUCCCUUUUUUCUUCUUUUUUACUUCUUCUUUCCUAUGACUAAGUAAAAAUCUAAUGUUCUGGUUUCUCUAGUGAUGGGUAUGUGGGUAUUCUCUCUUUAAUUCGCAAUUCCUAAAACCCACGCUCUGUAAGAUAAAAAAUUUCGUUCUAUUCUAUUAAUGUUAAUUCCAUUCGGACCUAGACUAUUACAAGAAUGCUGUAUAAUCCCUUUUUUUUACAUACAAGAACUUUUCCGCAUAAGAGAAAUGUUUUAAAUGUUCAUUAAUAAAACAGCAGAGAAACAUACAUAACGGCAGUUGUCGAUGUAUCUUUAUUUAAAGUAAAUAAAGCACAAGCGAGUGUCCUAAUUUUUGCAA